AUAGUAGCAGUGGAACAACAACAACGACUAACUCUAAUAUUAUUAGCAGAAACAAACUCAAAUUUCACCACCAAACAUGAUGAUAGAUGAAGUAGAAGAAACAUUAAUUUAAUAUUCCACCAUGGAUGGCGUAUUCAACCUCCCUGAAGCCACCAGGAGCGACUUUCUCCGCUCUCUCAUGCACACUUUUGGUUGCACAUACAUAUGCCUCUGGCACUGCCACUCAUCAUCUAAUAAUUUAUUGUUCUUGGAUGGGAUUUACAAUAAUGUAAGUAGCACCGUAGCUGAAGAAACGCUUUUUAAUCUAUAUCAGCGUUUAACCUUUGAUGCCGCCAAUGACGAGUGGGUUCCUGGUGCGGCUUUCAGGAGGCACAUGGCCUACUUAGAGCUUCAACAAUUGGAUCUUCUAAGACUUGCAUCCGCCGUUAUCCAAACACAAUUCUAUCUGGAAGCAAGGAUUGAGACAGCUAUCUUCAUGGGGUGCAGCAAAGGGGAAAUUGAGCUUGGUUUCUCCACUAUCCCUCAAAUUGACAUGAAAGCAGCAGUGAAGAGUUUAUUCCCAGAAGAUUUUUCAAGAGAGCAGAUUCAUCAUCCAGCUUCAUCGUCUUCAUGUUCUUGCCCUAGCGAUGAAUUCUCAUCCUUAGGGGGAGUAUUGUUACCCGCACCAGAGGGUGAGCAAGAAGCAAUCAUAAGAGCAAUCCUUCAUGUUAUUUCUUCUUCUUCUUCACCCGCCACCACUACUUCUCAACCACCACCAUAUAAUAACAGUGCUUUCAGGGCAUACCCUUCAACUACUUACAAUUUAGUAACAAGUAGCAGCAGAAGGUUUAGUUUAAUGAAGAGAUCUAUAGAAUUCUCUAGAACCCUACAUUUAAUGAGAAUUAGAGACCGCUUUCAUUUUCAACGUCAACAUCAACCGCCUCAUCCCCUCAUAAUUGGUACCCAGAAUGCUAAUAAUAAUAAGCAUCUUCAUCACAUCAUAUUAGAGAGAAGAAGACGCGAGAACGAAAACAAGUGUUUCCGGGAACUUAGGGCAUUACUUCCUCCAGGAACUAAGAAACACAAAUCUUCGGUUCUUAUAGCGGCAAAGGAGGCAUUGAAGUCUUUAAUUGCUGAAAUUGAAAAGCUUAACAUAAGAAACCAGCAGUUAAAAACACUACUUGGUUCAUCAUCAUCAAGCUAUGGAAAUGUUCAUAUCUCCUCAUCACCAUCAUCAUCAAAUGAGAGAUUGAACGUUGCGGUGUCGCAUAACCUCAGCUUCGUUUCCAUGGCCGCAAAUACUACUACUAAUACACAAGGCACAACCAUCACCCAAAUCAUCUUCAGAAUAAGGAUUCUUCAGGGAAGUGAAUGGGACGAGUCUGGCUUCGUGGAAGCAGUGAGAAGAGUUGUGUCUAACUUACCUUAA